CGUGCGCGCGCGAGUGUGCGUGCGUGCGUGCGUGUGUGUGUGUGUGUGUGUGUGUGUGCUGGGCUCCAGAGCGAGCAUCGCUGACAGACCCAACGGAUCGCUGCAAGCGCAGAUUAAUUAGCCCGGUUCGGAUCAGCCCGGCGCCGCAGCAGCAUGUCGUCCGCCCCAGAAGCCCAGAACCAAGAACCGAACCAGGAGCCGCCGAAAGAGACGAACGCGGAGCAGAAACCGGAGGAGAAAGAGGCGCAGGGGGAGGAGAAGGAUGCGGCGAAGGAGGAGGUGAAGGUGGAGGAGAAGGAGGAGAAAACGGAGGAGAAGAAGGAGGAGGAGGAGGAGGAGAAGAAGAAAGAGGAGGAAGAGGAGAAGGACAAGAAGAAAAAGAAGAAGGAGCAGAAAAAGGAGGAGAAGAAAGAAUCAUGGAAAGAUUUCAUCUACAACCCGCGGACCGGAGAGUUCCUGGGCCGAACCGCCAGCAGCUGGGGUCUCAUUUUCCUCUUCUACCUCAUCUUUUAUGGCGUCCUGACGGGAAUGUUCAUCCUCACCAUCUGGGUGAUGCUGCAGACGCUGGAUGACGCCGUUCCCCGGCACCAGGACCGUCUGGACUCUCCAGGUCUGGUUUUUCGUCCUCAUGCUGUUGAGAUUUCCUACAAUCGCUCGGAUCCAGCUAAAUUCAACCCGUACGUCCAGCAGCUGCACGACCUUCUGCAGCAGUACAACGACAGCAUCCAGGAGGGGAACGACUUGUGUCUGGUGGGCGAAUACACGGACCAGGACGACCAGCCCAAGAAGAAGGUCUGCCAGUUCAAACGCAGCAAUCUGCGCCAGUGCUCCGGUUUGCCGGACACCAGCUUCGGCUACGCCGAGGGGCAGCCCUGCGUCAUCCUCAAGCUGAACCGGGUCAUCGGACUGAAACCCGAAGGAGAUCCAUACAUCAACUGUACCGCCAAGAGAAACACCCCGCUGCAGAUGAUUUACUUCCCGCCUGAAGGUCGUCUGGAUAAAAUGUUUUUUCCGUAUUACGGCAAAAUCGCUCACCCGGAUUACGUCCAGCCGCUGGUGGCCGUCAAGCUGCUGCUAACUAAGGAGGACUACAGCGUGGAGCAGACGGUGGAAUGUAAAGUGGAGGGAUCCAACCUGCGCAACAGCGACGAGCGGGACAAGUAUCUGGGUCGGGUCACUUUCCGGGUCACAGUGUUUCAGUAAACGCUUGGUGCAAUUUUACACUGAAACACAUUUUAAAUUCAGGAAACUUUUAGCCCAGACCUGAUCUACUCCUACAAGUCUGAAUCAACUGGAUCCAACAAUCAAAUCUGGACCGCUGAGGUUUAACGACACACUGCCAGAACCUCCGCAGCAUCCUCGUGGUUCAGCCCAGUUUGACAGAUAGCUCACCCGUUUCUGUUAUGCGUAGCUUAAAGAAGAAGAGCUGCGGUGGAUCCUGUUGAGGCGCUGGGAGCAGAUCAGGUCUGAUGUGGAAGCAUGUGAGCCCAGAGCACAUCAGUGUGUUGUUUUUAGACUUUUCUAUGUUAGUGAGAUCAUUAAAGAGUAAUCUGAUUCCUAUCGUGAGUCGCAGGGCAGCGCAGCAGAGUCUGCCUGAGAGAGCAAACAUUUCGGUCCCUGUUUCAUUAAAAGUCACAUGGUCUAAAAUCAAAGAAUACUGCAAUAUUUUCCAUAAUUCUGACUGGGAUGUUCUGGUUCUGCAACAGCUGAAACAGAUCAUUCAUACAUACAGUAGGAAAGUGCUACUUCUUAGCAAAUUUCUUUAAAGUCUCAGAAUGAACAUUAAUAUUACUAAUCCAUAGAAAUAACAAUAAUUGUGUUUCUAACCAGUGAAUAAAAAACUUGGUUUAGAGUCAGGUGUGGAAAGCGAGUCACCUCGAUUCAGGUUAGCAGGUCAGCAGAAACGGUGCUACAGGAUGAACCGAGUCCUGAGUUAUUGCAGCUGACGCUAACGCUGAUUGCUAACGGACAGUGUCAGAUCGUAAUCCGGUUUUCUUGGAGUUGAGUUGUUUGAAAUACAACCCAGUGCAGUUGGUAGUCUAAACCUGACCCUUAUCUGACAAAAUGAAUUUAGAGGAAGCUAAGUGUGCUAAAUAUUUUCAAAGUUAGCAAAAGCAGUAAAGUGCUAAAUAAACAAUUUGCUCCCAUAUUAACAUGUUAGCAGAUUAAUGGAAGUGAUAAAAGGCUUCAUCCAACCACUAACCACGAGUGACAGGAAAAGUUGUGUUCUUUGUGGAAAAAUGUUGAAAUUCUGCCAGUGUAUGAAAACUUAUGAGCUCAACUUUAACUUCAGCAGGAAGAUAAACAAGAAUCCUAACAAAAAGAAAAAAAAUAGACUUUGGCAAGUAGGUUAGCUUAGCCUGGAGGAAUCUGCUUGUUGGACCAGGGUUCAAAUACCGGACGAGCCCCCAGUUACUGCCAGCUUAGCUCAGGUCAUGAAGAAGGGAAUCGGUACUGACACUAGGUGACACUAGUUAGUUUAUGUUACAAUGAAACUUCAGAUGUUGUCACUUGUUUACAUGUGCAGAUUCCUGAAGAUGGGAACAGAAAACUAGUGAAUUAAAUCAGUCAUGAAGACAAAGAGCUAAGAGAGGCGACUCCAGAGCCAAACGAUUUCCAGCCAGCUGUUGGAUCACAGAUGGGAAAUAAAUAUCCCACUUCCAGGAUCCUAUUGGCCCAUUCAGACUAAUAGUGACACUAUAUUUAUGAGUAAUAGCUACCAAAAAGUAUUUAUUGACCAAUUAAAAAGUGACUUCCACUGCGCUGCCCUUCCCCCAUCCAUGGAAAAUUUAGCAAAAGAAAGAUUUAAACCUAAUACAGUUAUUAUUUUAGCAGAUUUUAUUAUUUAUCUAUUUAUUUCUCAGAUGUGUGAGAUCAUAUUCAUCAAGUGUAAUUUUUUUGUUCUGUUUAUCAGCCUGUACAGUUUUUAAAAUGUGAACUACGUGUGAUUGUAAUGAGUUUUUGUGUGACACCAUGAAACACAUCAGCAGAGUUGCAAUUAGAGAAAAGCUGUUAUGGCAUCACUGCUGUUUAAAUGUGCUGUGAAAUCUUUUGUUUUCUUCACAAUAACAGAGAAAUCGCUACGAAAAACAUAAAAUGACCUACGAUUAUGUUGCUGAAAAAUAAACUGAGUAAAAUGAUGAAUCAACUCUGCUCUAAAUAAAUUAUACAUCUUCUAAAA